AUGGGCGUCUUGGGACCACCUGUCUCCCGACAGCUCCCUCCCACAGAAGAUCAAACCGAUGUCCAACCUUUCCUGGACGCAUGUGGAUUGGAGUACACACCGGACAGACAAUUCAUCCGUUGGUCAUUCUCGAACAAGAAGCAUCCUCGAAAUUGGCCGGCGUCACGGAAGAUAUACGAUACUGGUUUGAUCAUCUUCUUGGAUCUGUUCACGACGUCUGUUAGCACGGCCGGGAGCGCCGCGGCGGACCAUGCUCGUGGCGAAUUCGGACUCAAUAAGACUCUGGCUGUCUUCCUCUUUGUCUCUCUUUCUCUCAUCGGCCAGAUGAUCGGCGGGAUUAUAUUCCCAGCUUGUUCCGAAGCAUUCGGACGGAAGAAACUCUACGUCGUUAGCACCGGUUUAUAUAGCAUAUUUUGCCUACUCGUAGGCAUGGCCCCUUCCAUUGCUGCAGUCGCUAUCGGACGCUUCUUCUCAGGCUUUCUAUCCGCUAUACCAGCAGUUGUUGUCGCCGGUAGUAUUGAGGAUAUGUUCAAUGCCAAAGACCGGGUGUGGCUCAUCUUCCUAUGGGCUGUUGUUGCCAAUAUGGGCCUCGCGUUAGGACCCAUUAUGAGCAUUUAUAUUAUUGCCCGCUUAAGCUGGCGAUGGGUAUUCCGUAUAUCCGCAAUUGUUACCGCUGUCAUCACGCUCCUCCUAUUCGGUAUCCGCGAAUCGCGCCCGUCCUCGGUCUUGGAAACGGAGGUUGCAAAAAUACGCAGAGAGAGUGGCAUAAUGACCCUCAAGGCAUUGAACCCAGAUCACACUCCCGACCUCAUAACUUUCGUCCGUCUUAGUCUCUUCCGCCCGAUUCACCUCUUCUUCACGGAGCCCAUCGUCUUCUUGGUAGCGACAAUGAGCGCAGUGGCAUUCGCGUUGAUUUAUCUAUUCACGGAAGCACUACCUCCAAUUUACAUGUCACUGGGGUUCUCAACGACGUCCUCUUACCUCCCCUUUAUCGCAAUUUGCAUCGGUCUAUUGUUCGGACUGCUCACUCGGAUUCAAGAUCAUCGCAUAAUCUUACGAUAUCAAGAGCAGGGUAUCCCCCUCGAGCCAGAACACAAACUCCUCGGUUUUACUAUCGGUGCACCAAUUCUUGCCGUGGGACUAUGGUGGUUUGCAUGGACUAUUCCACCCGCAGUUCACGUUCACUGGCUUAUAUCCACAGCCGCACUCAUUCUCAUCGGGUACGCUGUCAACGAAUUCGAUUCUGUUUUGGCAGGUUACCUGGCCGAUAGCUAUUUGGGCUACGCGGCUAGUGGAUUUGCAGCAGUUCAACUCCUUCGUUCCUCGAUGUCAGCCGCCUUUCCGUUGUUUGCGACGGAGAUGUUCGAUGCAUUAGGUGCGAAUGUGGCGUCGUCGAUUUUGGCUGCCCUUGCAACAGUUUUCUGCAUCAUUCCGCCUUUAUUCAGCAGGCACGGAAGGCGGAUUCGAGGUGUGAGCAAAUUUGCCAAGCGUAGCUUGCAGGUCUACCAAGAAAAUGGGGUGGAUAAACAUGGGUUGUGA